CCAUUUGGCGACUGUAGUCUUGUUCAUUUCGUCGUGCCGUAAAUAUUAACAAAAAAUUACAAUUCACGCAACCCUCUCUUGCAAAUUGCUAUAAAGUUGAUUAGAAGACCGUUUGCCCAUCUUUAUGAACUGAGCAUCAUGCCAGGCCUUCUAGAUCGACCCAAACUAACACAGGCUAUGGCUGCCGCUCUCAAACACCAUAUUCUCAAGGAGCGAGAACGAAAGCGUCAAGAAGAGGAGGAAGCAGAUAAAGCCAUUGAAAGGAAGAUGGAAGAAGCAGAACGUUUGAGAAAGAAGGCAGAGGCGGAAUCCUUGUCUCUGGAGGAGACUAAGGAACAGAUCAAGUCACUAGAGGAUAAACUCAAGUCUCUCAAAGCUGACAAGCACGAGUUGUUCUCACAACUCAAGAAGGUUCUCAAUGAGGAUGAAAACCGCAGAAGGCAACAGAUGAAGGAAAAAAGUGAAUUAAUGGUUGCCAUGAGCCACCAUCACCAGUAUCAUCCUACAUUGCACAUGCCUGGACCUCACAUGAUUGUGCAAGGUGCCCAUAUGCAGGGGAGGCCAGCCAUGUUGGAUAAGGGGCCCAUGUACCGCACACCAGCACAGCAACCUGCACAGGGAGUCCAUGGAGUGAAGCGGACUCGUAGCCCAUCUCCACCAGUGGUUGAGUUAUACCCUCAGCACCCUGUACAGCAAGGCCCGUACGGCCAGGGCCCAGGUUAUGGACAGAGCCAAGCUUCUCAUGGUUCCUACAGACAAGGUCAUCAACCAUACACCACAUCACAGGCCAACUCCAGCUACGUCAGCCAAUCAGCGACCGGUUACCCACCUGGUCAACAGGCAGUGCAUGCUGGGUAUGGAGCCAGCAGCCAAUCCACUGCCAGCAAGUAUCAAUCUAGGGAGUCAGCGUUCAGCUCCUACCCAAAUCAUUUUGUGCCCCAGCAAACUCCACAAGCCUACCAGGCUCAGCCUCAUCGUUACAUCCACGGUGGUCAGUCAGCCUCCGCAGCUAGCAUAGCUGUACACCAGGGACAGACAGUGGACCAGUCUGUUAAACAAGGUCCGUACCCUGAUGACCAAGGCCACUACCAACACAAACUACAAGGCCAGCAUCCUAGGCAGAUGGCUAGUGCCCAUCCACAGGCUCUUCACCCUCAGCAGACCUUACUCUCACAAUCUCAGGUACACCUGCAGGCACAACAGGGAAAGCCGAGUAUGCCAUCAUCCUAUACUCCUCGUAGGAAGCCUGAAUCGCCAAUAUAUCAACACAAGAAACCUAGCCAACAACAUCAACAGACACAACCUCAGCCACACGGGACAAGCUACCAGUCCUCCCAGCAAGCUCAGCGUCACGGCAGCUACCCCACAUCGCAGAGUCAACAUCAACAAGGAAGCAGUAGAUACUACUAAGUAACUAAACUAGAUAUCUACCACCAGGAGAGGAGCCUCUGUGUUAAAUUAGGCCAAUCAAGAGUGCACUGGAUUGGGAAUGCUGCUUCAAAAUGUCACAAGAAUUACUUGUUAACUUCCAGAUAAGCUUUUUAUUGUUCCGCAGAUGUGAACCUAGCCAGUAGUUAUUUGCUUUGUACCUGGCAACAGUCUUUACACAUCCAGUGUUGGCAAAAUCAACUGCUGUUACAGAAUAUCAGCAGCUUAAAAGCUCCCAAAAUGAACCAACACAAUUUGCUUAUAAAUC